CGCCUUAAUGCGCGGCCAUCACCAAUGUUUGGCACACUCGUAACGCUGAAAAGUGUUUAUAUAUUGUCGUUUACGAAUAAUUCUGCAUUUCUAUAUUACUUAGCAGUUUGUUAAAAUUGUAACAGAAACGUAAGUGUUACUGAUUUCGUCACUAACUUUAUAUAAAAAUCGAGAAUAAGAAAAAGAAAUAUUCCAGUGACUCUUUGAUCAUCGAAUUAAUUUUUAAAGUAUAUCUUUACGAUGUCAACGGACUUCUAUAUACGAUAUUACGUUGGUCAUAAAGGAAAGUUCGGUCAUGAAUUUCUUGAAUUCGAAUUCAGGCCAGACGGUAAAUUACGAUAUGCGAAUAAUUCGAAUUACAAGAACGAUACAAUGAUUCGAAAAGAAGCGUACGUACAUCAGUGUGUUAUGGAGGAAUUGAAACGAAUCAUUCAAGACUCAGAAAUUAUGCAGGAAGAUGAUUCUUUGUGGCCGCAACCUGACCGCGUCGGGCGACAAGAAUUAGAAAUAGUAAUUGGAGAUGAACACAUAUCGUUUACAACUUCAAAAACUGGUUCUUUGUUAGAUGUAAAUCAAUCACGCGAUCCAGAAGGACUAAGAUGCUUCUAUUACCUUGUACAAGAUCUUAAGUGUUUAGUAUUUUCUCUAAUAGGACUUCAUUUUAAGAUUAAGCCUAUAUAAAUGCAUACAAUUCUUCUAUCAUCUACUUCAGGUUUAAAUAAAUGUAAUGUAUUUGACUAAGAAAAUAUAUGAUGGUUUUUAAUUA